CCGCGCAUGCUCAGUGUAGCUCCCUCCCGGCAGGAAGAUGGCGUCUGUCAGGAUGAAGUCGUGUGUGUUGUCCCUGUUCCUCCUGAACCUUCUGUACAGCGUGGGUUCCUCCCUGUACUUCCACAUCGGAGAGACCGAGAAGAAGUGCUUCAUCGAGGAGAUCCCGGACGAGACCAUGAUCAUCGGUAACUAUCGCACUCAGCUGUAUGACAAACAGAGAGAGGAGUACCUGCCGGCCACGCAGGGUCUGGGUAUGUUCGUGGAGGUCAGAGAUCCUGACGACAAGGUGAUUCUGUCUCGGCAGUACGGCUCUGAAGGAAGGUUCACCUUCACCUCACACACACCUGGAGAGCAUCAGAUCUGCCUGCACUCCAACUCCUCCAAGUUCUCGCUGUUCGCUGGAGGCAUGCUGAGAGUUCACCUGGACAUCCAGGUCGGCGAACACGCCAACAACUACGCUGAGAUCGCUGCCAAAGACAAGCUGACGGAGCUGCAGCUGAGGGUGAGGCAGCUGGUGGAGCAGGUGGACCAGAUCCAGAAGGAGCAGAACUACCAGAGGUAUCGAGAGGAGCGUUUCCGUCAGACGAGCGAGAGCACCAACCAGCGGGUCCUCUGGUGGUCCAUCGUGCAGACCCUGAUCCUCGUGGCCAUCGGUAUCUGGCAGAUGAGACACCUGAAGAGCUUCUUCGAGGCUAAGAAGCUGGUGUAAACCUGAGAGUGUGUGUGUUUGAUAGUGUAUGCUUGGUCGUGUGUGUGUGUGUGAGAGAGAGAGAGAGAGAGAGUGUGUGUGUUUUGUCUACUGAGCGAUGCAGUACUGAGCGGCGGCGGCGGCGGUCGCUGCUGUGGAAGGAGACGUGAUGCAGACGGACCCAGCUGCAGAUCCGGCUUCAAACAUCCUGAUGAUUCUUUCUGUUUUCUUAUCGUCCCUGAUCGUAACGACCUCUCCGCCUCGCAGGAGACCGUCGGGGAAAUGUGACGACUCUAUUUAUUUCACACAUUCAGUAGAUCUCAGUCUGCUCUGUCGACGUUCUGCGGUCGGCAUGUUCAGAUAACGUCGUGUUAUCGAUGUGUGUUUAUAUUCAUUUGACCUGUUUGCUUCCGUCUGACUCACUGUGACGAGGACAUGAUUUGUUACUGGCCGCUGGAGAUGUGCAGAGUCCAUUAUGAAGAAGCUGUUGGAGGACAGGACGGAUUUCAAAGCUCCAGAUGUUAGAGGAAAGUAGAAGAGCGUGAUCGUAAAGCUCUCUCUCUGUAACGUAGAAUAUCAACCUGAGCCUGUCAGGGACACAAACAAGACCUGUUAGUGGAUCCAUCGAGGAUUACCUGCUGCAGGAUGAAGACUUCUAAAGGAGCAGUUUGAACACAUUUAAGACCGCAGGAUAUUUAAAUUCAGUGUCGGAGCUCCUCUUCGUGCCAACGGCGUCCAAACCUUCAAAGCACAUACGUUCAGUUUUGACCCUCAGGUGUUGCAGGGAUGCGUAUGAAUGCGGUCGCAUGAAUACUUACACGAAAGUAUAAUCUCUUGAUGAGAUAUUAAACAUCUAAGAGGUGAAACGUGACGUUAUCUUUGGCCCUGUUUGUAUUCGUGUAAAUGCGUCUCCACGUUUGUUCUGUUUCCUGUGAAUUCAAAUCAAACGAGACAGUUUGCUGUGUUUAACCGCGAGCGAGUGAAUCCACAUACUGUGUCCCAAACUGAGCGAAUGUCUCUGUCCACCUCGUCUGACUCGCUGGUUUACUCUGAGAGAAUAUUUUUAAUCCUGUGGCUCCGCUUAGACGCCGCCAUCCUCUUCUCUUUUUUUAAAUCCAACGUUCUGCAUCGUCCUCAGGAGACUUCUGGUUUCUGAAAUUGUUUGUGAACGUCCUGUUUUUGUUGUUGUUGGUUUUAACAUCAAAUGAGCUCCUUCAGUUUUCUCGGACCCUGCCGAAGAUUCCUCUGCUCUCAGGUGUCGGAUGUCGAGUUGUUUGACGCUCCAAAAGAAGUCGCCUGUACAAAAAGUUCAGUUAAAGCUAAAUGAAAGCUUUCCCUGUAUGAUUUCUACCUUAAUAUAUAUCAUUAAAACUGCCCCUCCCCCAAAGAGACGUAUGACCACACCCCCAAAAAAGGAGAUGUAUAGCCACACCCCCAAAAAAGAUGUAUGGCCACACCCCCAAAAAAGGAGAUGUAUGGCCACACCCCCCAAAAAAGGAGAUGUAUGGCCACACCCCCAAAAAAGGAGAUGUAUAGCCACACCCCCAAAAAAAGGAGAUGUAUGGCCACACCCCUAAAAAAGGAGAUGUAUGGCCACACACACCCAAAAAAGGAGAUGUAUGGCCACACCCCCAAAAAAGGAGAUGUAUGGCCACACCCCCAAAAAAGGAGAUGUAUAGCCACACCCCCCCAAAAAAGGAGAUGUAUGGCCACACACCCAAAUAAAGGAGAUGUAUGGCCACACCCCCAAAUAAAGGAGAUGUAUGACCACACCUCCAAAAGUAGGAGAUGUAUGGCCACACCCCCAAAUAAAGGAGAUGUAUUACCACACCCCUAAAAAAGGAGAUGUAUGGCCACACCCCCAAAAAAGGAGAUGUAUGGCCACACCCCCAAAUAAAGGAGAUGUAUGGCCACACCCCCAAAUAAAGGAGAUGUAUGGCCACACCUGCAAAAAAGGAGAUGUAAGACCACCCCCCUAAAAACCUAACUGAAGGAUCUCUUUAUCGUGUUCUGUUCAUUAGAAUCACAAACCUUCGUGUUGAAUUCCUCCUCAGACUCCAGAAGAAGAUUAAAACAACGAUAUUCAGCUUUGCUAACGUCUCAAAUCCUCCGAAGUCUCAUGAGAACUCGAGGUUGCAGCGUGGAAUAUGUGACGUCUGUUCACUGUCGGAUUCAAAGGAAGUUUUUUGAGAAGAACAGGGCGGGUUAUCCUUUUGAAGUUCCUCCACUUCUUUCUGUUUUAUUUUCUGGUGGUUUGUUUUUUUUAGAUUUCAGACGUGUUUUCUUGGGUUAGACUUUAAAUCGGUUGGUUGAGGCUGGACGAGGGGUUUGAAUUUAUUUUAUUUUGGAGGGAUUCUGUCUGCGUGAAAUCUGUCUGAAAUUGCACUCAAAAUAAAGUUUGUCAAAUUUGGUUUAAA